ACCAGAGCAUCCGAGGACAAAAAGAAAGUAUAGUUGGUUCUUUUUCCAUGGAUAUCCAUUCUUAUUUUUCACUCACUCUUUCUCUCUCUCCUUAUAUAUAUACAUAUAUAUAUAUAUGGUUGUAUAAACAUGGACUUUUCACGAAACCCAGAGUUGGUUUUUGUUUGGUGGCUAUUGUAGCCUAGCUUCUUCUUCUUAAUUAUUAUUAUUAAUAUUAAUUUUUCCUUACUCGAAACCGAUAACAUUUUUUAAUAAUAUACAAAAACAAUAAAAACAAACACCAACGUAAGCUUUAUACGACCCAUUUUUUCCUUUCGAUCAUAAAAUUAUGUUCUGUUUCUUUUCUUUUCUCUUUUGGUUAGGAGAGAAACGGGUUUUCAUAAAAAACCAAUCUUGAUCAUGAUGAAUAUGUGUUUGUUUAUUUAUUAUGUAUGUGUGUGAGUGAGUCAAGUUUUGUGUUUUUGUUUGGUUGAUGAGAAAAUUUUUCUGGUGUUGUAGCUGGAGAAGAGAAAAGGGAAAGUGAACCCAAUUGUGAGUAGUAUUAAAGAGACUUUCCGUCUCAAAACGAUUAUGCCGUUAAAUAUAGUAAACGAAGCUGAAGGGUUUCCCAGAAUCAUAUUAACAGAGCCAAGCGGGUCUUCUGCCGAGGUUCUUCUACAUGGAGGGCAGGUUGUUUCUUGGAAGAAUGAUAGAAGAGAAGAACUUCUAUUUAUGAGCAGCAAGGCAAUUCGGAAAACAUCAAAAGCUAUAAGGGGAGGUAUACCAGUUUGCUUUCCACAGUUUGGGACUAUGGGUUCGCUAGAGCAGCAUGGAUUUGCAAGGAACAGGUUAUGGUCAUUGGAUAAUGAUCCCUCUCCUUUGGCUGCAGUUAACACUCAGUCAUCAGUGGAUUUGAUCCUCAGACCCUCAGAAGAGGAUUCUAAGACCUGGCCGCGCAGAUUUGAACUGCGGCUUAGAGUCACUCUCGGUUCUGGAAAGCUCACACUCAUACCCCGAGUGAGAAACUUGGAUAACAAGCCGUUCUCUUUUACAUUUGCUCUGCGUAACUACUUGUCUGUAUCUGAUAUCAGUGAAGUGCGUAUAGAGGGCUUGGAAACGCUUGAUUACUUCGAUAAUCUGAUUCGCAAAGAAAGGUUUACAGAACAAGCUGAUGCAAUUACAUUCGAUGGAGAGAUUGAUAGAGUUUAUUUGAGCUCUCCAACAAAGAUUGCCAUUAUAGAUCAUGAGAAGAAAAGAACCUUUGUACUCAGGAAGGUUGGCAUGCCAGAUGCAGCUGUAUGGAAUCCUUGGGACAAAAGGGCCAAGGCUAUUUCUGAUUUGGGUGACGAAGACUACAAAACCAUGUUGUGUGUGGAUUCUGCAGCUGUGGAAAACUCGAUUGUCUUGAAACCUUUUGAAGAAUGGAAAGGCCAUCAAGAGAUUUCUACUGUUUCAUCAAGCUACUGCAGUGGCCAGCUUGAUCCUAGCAAGGUUCUUCGUGGCUUUCGCUGAUUUGUAACAACAGCCUUAAAGAUGGUGUCAUACUAUGCCAGGCCGGGGUUUUCAAUAGAUGAGGUUAGGAUGAAAGAGCCUUGCUUUCACUAAUAUUUGAAAUGAAAGGUUCAUAGCCAGAAGUUUUACAACAGCAUUUAUAUGAGUUGUUUUAUUUAAAUUAUGUGCAUACACUUUCUUGUUCAUCAUCAUGUACUUGGGAUUUUCUUGAAGUGAGGAUAAAUUAGAUGCAAGGCUAGUUAUAUGUGAUAGUGUUCUUUGCCAAAAUCCAAUCCACUGUAGAGGUUGAGCUACUGAAACAUUUUUGCAUGCUGCAACAUUUGUAAUGGUGUGGAACACCAGUCUUGUAUCAAAAUAUUGUAUAAAAUAAAUGACCUUCAUAAUUUUUAUAUA